CAUUCAUAGAAGCCAGCAAGAAUUCACACAUGGAGAAGGAGGGAAUCAGCACCACUUCUCAAGGCGAAACUGAACAGCCGGAAGGAAUGGGGCAUGCCACUGAGAAAUAUGCCUUGUCGGACAGCGUUGUCAAAUUCAGGUCUGAUGACAGCGACGAGGGACAACGCCCCGUCCGCAUCGGUCUGGUGCAAAUACAAAACUGGCGCCUACGCCAGUGGUUCCCUGCUCUAAUAAACCCCGUCACCGUCCCCCUCGGCCUCUUCUCUGGCAGAGGCAACCGCGAAAAUUGGAACGAAAUCAAGCUUGCCCACCUGGACAGGCUCAUCCGACGCGGACACAAGGACGGCCAGUGCCAGCAGGACUCCGCCGAGGCCACGCGCGGCAUGCUUGCCCGCUUCGAGGCGCUCGAGCAGCAGAUCAGGCUGCAACACAGGGACACCGACGACAUCUUCAAAGCCAACGGGUGGAGCGACAGCCGGCAAGCGCUGGAGGCGCUGCUGCUCGACUGCGCCUUCAUCCUCGAGCAGCUGCUGCAGCACUGGGAGGCCGGGACGCGGUCGAUAACGGUGAUGCGGCCGGGCCGGUACAGGCACGAGCUCGUCCGGUUCUGCAACCAGGUCCCGUACAUGCUCCACCAGGAGCUGAUGCGGCUGGUGAAGCUUCCGACGACACUGCUGCCGGACAAGUGCGGUGGCAGCCGGGACGGUUUCCUGGUGAUGUUGGUCAUCGGCUACGUCCUCGCCGAGGAGGCCUCCGAGUGGCUUCUCACCCAGUACAAGGGCCCCGUGCACCACCUCCUCCACCUGGUCCAUCUACACCUGGCCUCCGCCGUGGAGCAGCGGCCGGUGGCGCCGCCGCCGCAGGGGUCGUCGUCCCUAGUGUGGCCGUUGAUCCGCAAGUGCGAGGCGUUCUACUACGCGGCGAAGAAGACGCUGCGGCGCGCGCAUGGCGUGGCAAAGCCUCGUCGUCAGUCCCUCCUUGAGACGGCCUGGUGGUCCUACAGCAUGAUCCCCCCCGCAUCUGACCUGCAUAGGGUGGGCAUCCGGCUCCGGCCACCCAAGAAAGCUGCGAGCUGCUGCCUGGCAGCAGUGCAUUUCAAGGACCAGGACGGCGUGCUGGAGCUUCCGCCGCUGGACCUGGACGGGUUCGACUCCGAACUGCUUGUCAACCUGGUGGCGCUGGAGCUGGAGUGGGAGUGGGGGAGCAGCCAGCGGCUAUUCCUCAGCUACGCGGUUUUCAUGAGCAACCUGAUGACGUCAGAGAGCGACAUGAAUGUGCUGCAGGCCGCUGGCGUGGUCGCGCGCAAAUUGACCAAGAUGGUCAGCGAUGGCAAUUUGUAUUGGGUAGUCCUCAAAGGGCUGGCCGAGCUCAACAAUGGGCGCGAGCUUCACACACACUUCGUCCGCCUCGCGCAUCAAGUGAAGUCCUCUUACGACCACCUCAAUCGCGCUGCCCCGUGCGCCACGUCCUCAUGCUUUUCCGAAUAACCAACCACUUCCUUUUUUUCUAUCUUGUGAAUAUUGUGAAGUAAGGGCUUUGAUACGGUACUCUAAAAUAACUGUGGACCGUAGAUCUUAAGGGUGAAAAUGAAGUAUUACCUCCUAGGAGGUAAUAGUAUUUAUAUAUAUUUAAUUCUAAAAAUAGAGAAAAUAUAGGAACUAACUUCCUAUUUGAUCUAAUCUCUAAAAAGAUCUAACGUGCAAGAUAAAGUUCCAUUGUUUUAACGUGACAUGAUGGCUGUUUAUUUCGGAGUGCAUAUGAAAGAAUUUUCAUUUUUCAAUGUGAAUGUCAGAACAUGUCAGAUCACUACAUGAGUUCGUCAAUCACCAA